GUGCGUUCUCGGCCUGGGGUGUGAGAGAAGUGGUAACCUCCGUUCCAGCUGCUUGGUCCCGGGAACAUGACAGUCGAUGGGGCAAAGGCUCUGAGAAGGGACCCCGGCGGUGCUGGGUCCUGUGAGCCCGUAGCGGGCUGAACCCAGAGUCCACCGCCAGGUCUCAGAGGGCACUACACGGUGUGAGGUGAUCCCCGCACCGCUUCCUCCGGGAAGUCAGGCUGUCGGGGCGCUCCCGUGCCCAGGCCAGUUGGUUGCCUCUGACCUGCAGUGUCUCGGGAUCUCCAGGUGACGCGCCUGCCUCUCCGGCUGUACCAUAGGCCCAGGAGUGCCUGUCCCAGGGCUUGGACCGGCAGGUGCUCAUGAAAUAUUUGUCAAGUGGAUAAAUGACCCUGGCCGUGGUCUCCGCGGGAGGUGAGGAAACCAAAAGCCAGUGAGGCAAAGCCGGGCGGUCCUUAAGUAGUGCCGCGGUCACCUGUACGUUUCAAAAGAAGGGCGUGACUGAGUAGGGAGGAAACCGCGGAGACCCUAAGACCCUGGACUGUAAAGGGGAUGAGAGGUUGUGAAGGAGGACCCAAGAAACCGAAUCCUGAAAGCAAGGAGCGUCCACAAUGAAGGUCACUCCUCGCUGCCUUUGUUCAAGCGGUUUCCUUCACUCCGAUCAAGUUCCUUCUCAUUUCUCCAUCUGUGGGGAUUCUGAACAUGCACCUCCUCAGAGAAGUCCUCGUGGGUUCGCCAAUUCUAGUUUAUUGCCCCCUCUUCUGAAUCUCCCAGCGGCUCAUCGGGCCUGUGGACAAGGACAGGUUUGAGGAGAGGAUUCUCUGUAUGGGGAGGUAAUGCAUAAGCCGCGAGGCCCCUUCUGAGAAUGCCAAAGGGGCCCUGCCUGCCACUAGAUCCCCACCCACCUGUGACUGCUCGGUCCCGCUCUCCUGCCAGACCCGCCUUGCCUUGGCUCAAGCCAGCGCACUCCGCCCACUCCCUUUCCAGUCCAAACUCCAAGGCUGGACGAGGCCCUGAUCCACGGCUGGACAGACCCGGGGCAGCCUCUGGGUGAACAGCAGCGUGUCCACCGACGGCGCACCGAGACCUGUGACCAUGCGACUGGACCGACUUCAGGCGCAACUGAGCGCAGUGGCCUGUGGGCUCCUGCUGCUUCUCAUUCAGGGCCAGGGCCAGGACUCCGCCAGUCCCAUCCGGACCACACACACGGGACAGGUGCUGGGGAGUCUUGUCCACGUGAAGGGUGCUGAUGUGGGGGUCCACACCUUCCUGGGAAUUCCCUUUGCCAAGCCACCUGUAGGUCCACUGAGAUUUGCACCCCCUGAACCCCCUGAAUCUUGGAGUGGUGUGAGGGAUGCAACCACCCAUCCGGCCAUGUGUCUGCAGGACCUUACCACACUGGAUUCAGAGGUUAUGAACCAAGUCAAUGUGACCAUCCCUUCCAUUUCCAUGUCCGAGGACUGCCUGUACCUCAGCAUCUACACGCCGGCCCAUACCCAUGAAGGCUCUAACCUGCCGGUGAUGGUGUGGAUCCAUGGUGGUGGGCUUGUUUUUGGCAUGGCUUCCAUGUAUGAUGGUUCUGUGCUGGCCGCCUUUGAGGACGUGGUAGUGGUCACCAUCCAGUACCGCCUGGGUGUCCUGGGCUUCUUCAGCACUGGAGACAAGCACGCAACUGGCAAUUGGGGCUACCUGGACCAAGUGGCCGCACUACGCUGGGUCCGGCGGAACAUCGCCCACUUUGGAGGCAACCCUGACUGUGUCACCAUUUUUGGCGAGUCUGCGGGUGGCACGAGUGUGUCCUCACUUGUCCUAUCCCCCAUAGCCCAAGGACUCUUCCACAGGGCCAUCAUGCAGAGUGGCGUGGCUGUGCUGCCCGGCCUCAUUGCCAACUCAGCUGAUGUUAUCUCCACGGUAGUGGCCAACCUGUCUGCAUGUGACCAAGUUGACUCUGAGGCCCUGGUGGGCUGCCUGCGGGGCAAGAGUAAAGAGGAGAUUCUUGCAAUUAACAAGCCAUUCAAGUGUAUGAUCCCCGCUGUGGUGGACGGGGUCUUCCUGCCCAGGCACCCCCAGGAGCUGCUGGCCUCUGCUGAAUUUCAGCCUAUCCCCAGCAUCAUUGGUGUCAACAACGAUGAAUUCGGCUGGAUCAUCCCCAGUAUCAUGGGUAUUUAUAACCCCCAGAAGGAAAUGAACAGAGAGGCCUUGCAGGCUGUUCUGCAGAAAAUGUUAUCAUUGAUGAUGUUGCCUCCUACAUUUGUGGACCUGCUGAUGGAGGAGUACAUUGGAGACAGUGGAGAUCCCCAGACCCUCCGAGCCCAGUUCCAGGAGAUCAUGAUGGACUCCCUGUUCGUGAUCCCUGCACUCCAAGUAGCACAUUUUCAGCGUUCCCAGGGCCCUGUGUACUUCUACGAGUUUCAGCAUCAGCCUAGCUGGGUCAAGAACAUCAGGCCGCCGCACGUGAAGGCAGAUCAUGCUGAUGAACUGCCCUAUGUCUUUGGAAGUUUAUUCUGGGGCAACUAUGUUAAAUUCACUGAGGAGGAGGAGCAACUAAGCAGGAAGAUGAUGAAGUACUGGGCCAACUUUGCUCGAAAUGGGAGGAGCGAUACCUGCAGCUGACCCUACAGCCUGCGGUGGGCCGGGCUCUGAAGGCCCACAAGCUCCAGUUCUGGAAGAAGGCGCUGCCCGGAAAGAUCCAGGAGCUCGAGGAGGCUGGAGAGAGACACACAGAGCUGUAGCUUUCUGUGCCAGGGACGAGGGGGUGGGCUCGCUUACAGGUGAGGGUCAGCCUGCUGUGUCCACAUACACCCACUGAGGAGAAACAAGUUGAUUCCUUCCUUCAUAUAGCCAUUCAUUCAUUCUUCUGUGCAUCCAUUCAGAAAGCAUUUAUUAAGAACGUACUCAGGAAUGAUAGCUCAUACCGUAAUCCCAGCUGUUGGGGAGGCUGUGAUGACAGGAUGGCUUGAGGCCAGAGGUUUGAGACCAGCCAGGGCAACACAGUGAGAUCCCUUCCCAACAAGAAGAAGAAGAAGAAGAAGGAAAGAGAGAGAGAGAGAGAGAGAGAGAAUGUGUUUAGAAAUUAAAUAGGAAAAUUUUGAGCUUCAAGUCAGUGACAAGUAAAAAAGAUUUUUAAAAAGCAAAGAAAAUGUAAGGAAAAAAUGAGAAAAAUUAAAAUUAAAAGAGCAUAAAAUGCCAGGCACUGUGGCUGAUGCCCAUAAUCUCAGCACUUUUGGGAGGCCAAGGUGGGUGGAUUACCUGAGAUCAUAAGUUCAAGACCAGCCUGGCCAACAUGGUAAAACCCCAGCUCUAUGAAAAAUACAAAAAUUAGACAGGCAUGGUCUCACACACCUGUAAUCCCAGCUACUCAGGAGGCUGAGGCAGGAGAAUCACUUGAACCCCAGGAGGCGGAAGUUGUUGUGAGCUGAGAUGGCACCACUGGACUCCCAACUGGGUGACAAGAGUGAGACUCCAUCUCAAAAAAAAAAGGAAUAGAAGAAGCUACUUCAUGAUGUUAGUUGCCAAGCCUGCCACAGGCCCUCUCUUGUUAGGCACACUCAAUAGAUCCCCCAGUGGAUGGGCAAACCCCAGUGGAAUCCCAUCCUCCCCAACACUCCACUGAUCCCUGGGCCCCAUCCUCCCUUCCUCACUUCCACCUUCUCCCUGCCUUCUCUCUUCUUUUCUCUGAUCCCCCAGGACUUUCCCACUUCGAGGGAGGUGCUUUGAAGAAUUCUGAGUAUCAGAAGCCUGUGUUCAUUCAUCCCUAAGAUGUCUGAAAAAAUACAAAUAAAUUCUUUAAAAUAUA